AUGCGAGGUAAAACUCCAGCUGAUCAACUAUUGUUCGAUCCAGAGAUUGAAGCUACAGCUAGGAGAAACAAUAGCAAGACAAGGAGGAGAAAACAAUUAGCUGAGCAAAGGAGGGAGCAAGAAGCAUCGUCUUCCUCAAUCUCUUCAGUAAGACAACAGACAGAGACCAUGGCUGCAGAACUAGCUGGUGGUGGAAAUGAGGAUACAAAUGUAGGAUUUGUGAACUUCACUCCAAGGAACAUAACCAGGAUUGGUAGGCAUGCAGGUGCUGCUAGGCCACCUGAAGUGAAGACUGGAUUGGUGCAGCUGAUGUAUGCUCAUCCUUUCGCUGGCUUGGAUCAUGAGAAUCCUUACACUCAUCUGACAAAGUUUUAUGAACUUUGUUGUACUGCUGGAAUUAGCCAAGCUGAGGAAGAAGCUGUAUUUCUGAGGCUCUUCCCUUUAACUUUGAUUGGGCAAGCAAAGGAUUGGUUCUUGGAUCAACCACAGACAACUUUAGCUGAUUGGAAUGAAUUGGAAAAGAAAUUCAUGACCAGGUACUUUUCUGAAUCAAAAUAUAUGGAUUGUAGAACUGCUAUUUCUACUUUUUCCCAAAGUACAGGUGAAAGUUUGCGUGAAGCUUGGGAAAGAUACAAAUCCAUGCUGAGAAGGUGCCCGAAUCAUGACUUUGAUGCCAAGACGCAAAUCCAUCUUUUCAGAAAAGGUCUUCAACAACAGAGCAGGAUAAUGGUGGAUGCAACUUCAGGAGGUUCUUUGAUGACAAAGUCUCCAACUGAGGCCAUUCAGAUCAUUGAGGCUAUGGCUCUAAAUGACCACCAAGAUCAACAUAUUAGAGGACCACCAAGGAGAGGAGGCGUUCUGGAAUUGGGAUCAAGUGAUGCUAUCUUGGCCCAAAACAAGCAACUGCAACAACAACUGGAUGAAGUGAAAAAGACUCUGAGUGAUCUUCCCAAACAACUUCGGGAGAUGCAAGAUUCUUCUUCCAGGAAGCAGGUGAACAGGUGUGAUGUGUGUACUAAGGAUCAUCCAACAGAAUACUGUCAAUUACAGGAAGAGGAGGUUCACUACCUAGGAAACCAGCAGAGGCAAGGGUACCAGAACAACUAUCCCAGGGGAGGUAAUCAACAAUACAACCAACCUUGGAGGCAAGAUGCAGGGCCUUCCACCAGCAGGGCACCACCACCUUACCAGAAUCAGUCAUACCAACAGCCGCCACAGAGCAGGAAUCCAACAUUAGAAGAUACAAUGAAUCAGUUCAUGCAGAUGACUAUGACCAAUCAGAAGAACAAAGAAGCUUCUAUUAAAAAUUUGGAGAUCCAAAUGGGCCAAAUGGCUAAGCAGAUGGCAGAGAAUCAGAAAGGAAAAUUCACUGCAAAUACUGAGCCUAAUCCAAAUCAGAAGUGUAAUGCGAUUUUCACAAGGAGCGGAAAGGAGGUUGGUAGAGAUGUUGGUGAAGUAGUGAGUUAA